GGACAUAUUGUGUGCGUGUGUCAGUCUGGUGACGUUGCGUCCGCGGUCGCCGCCGCCGGUGGCCCGCUCCCGCCAGCGCCAGUCUCUGCUCGAACGCGGCACGGACCGUGUGUAUCCGCUGCGAUGUGAACGUCUAAACCUUACCACUGUCUACGACGACAGCCCCCGUUGCGUGUGCAUCGACUAUAACUUUACUUUUGUGAUAUUUAUUAACUUUUUGAUAUUUCGCAAUCAUAUUUUCUUCCGUAGCGUGGAAAUAUCUGGGCAACUGUUCUGUGGCGACAUUGAUGGAGUUCCGCUUGGACAGCGCGGAGUACUGCCAGGCCCAACACAAAUAAAUUCGCGGGCGUCCCGUGAAGGCGAGGUAGCGGGCGAGCGAUAGGACCCAUGCUGCCGGGAGCGCGCGUCUCUUACACCCCAAGCACUUUGCGAUAUACACCCAUCCAUUUUUACCAUAAAAUCGGAUCCCACUGUUAAUCGGAGCAUAUCAUUUGCCGAAAUAAACGACUUAUGUUUUGUCGAAUAAUUUCUUAUUAAUUUCGCUCCCCAAUUCGUAAUUUUUGUUUGAUAGUCUUCGAAUGUGCUCAAGUGGUUGAAAGCGACAUCCAUGUGGGUGGUUCUAAUUAUAUAAUUGGACCCUUUUUUAAAAAAAGUCACGAAACUGAAGUGUGUUGUGUGGAAAUAGAGUGACAAUUUGUCUAUUAGACUCUGACGGAUCGCUACAACUUGACGCGUGUGAUUAAAUCAGCCACCGGUGCGAGAGUGGUUGUAAUCUCCUCUGACUGUCGGAACGUAAAUUAGUCAUCAUGAAGCAGAAGGACAUCAGGCCGGCGCCGUCUCUCAUCGAGUACAAGAACAUGCGCUUCCUCAUCACCGACCGACCAUCGGAUGUCACCAUCCAAAGCUACCUACAGGAGCUGAGGAAGCAUAACGUUUGCACCGUGGUCCGCGUGUGCGAGCCCAGUUACGACACGGCGCCGCUGAAGGCGGAGGGCAUCGAGGUACGCGACCUCGCAUACGACGACGGCACCUUCCCGCCCGCCAACGUUGUCGACGACUGGUUCGAGAUCCUGCGCGAUAAAGCGGCGAAUAAGCCCGAGGCGGCCGUAGCGGUUCACUGCGUGGCCGGUCUGGGCCGCGCCCCCGUCAUGGUGGCCAUCGCGCUUAUCGAACUCGGGAUGAAGUACGAGGAGGCCGUCGAGACCAUCCGGGACCAGCGACGUGGUGCAAUCAACGCAAAGCAGCUCUCGUACUUGGAGAAGUACCGGCCAAAGUCGCGCCUCAAGAAGAACGGGCACAAGAACUCGUGUUGCGUGCAGUAGCGCGCGGCGAAUGUAGCUCUGCUUUCACACACACACUGACACACGGAAAACUAGACAACUAGGUGUAACUUUAAUCCCCUAUCCGUCGCCUCUUUUGACCCUUUUUUAAUUUUCCCAGAAGUUGCGACUCAAUUCUCAGACACCUGAGCUUGAUCUUAAUACCUAAAUAUAUUGAGCCAGAAUUGGGUCUCAACCUCGCAUAUUUAACUCGGCAUAGUUUUUGAAGUAAUUUUACUUAAAUUGAUUUGUGAUCGUAUGCUGGUGUUCGUAUGUUCAAAGUAAAGGUGUAUAUCCCACGUGCUGUGCCCGUCAUAGCAAAACGUUAAUAGACCCGAGCCACGACUUGUGUUCAUAAUUGAAACAGUUACUUGGGUAUUUACAUACUUGAUCAUAAUAAAAUUCAAUGUCCAUAAUAACUACAGAGUCGCAGUCGUGCUUACUCUUUGGCUAUUUACGUUUCAUUUUAUUACUUUGUGUGUUGAAAUCAUGAUGUUUUCCUAAAUAUUAUUUUCUUUUAGACUUAUUAUUGUCGAUGAGAAAACUUGAGACAUAAUAGGAAAGAAAAAUCUUGGUUUUUGUGUUUCUAAGAUAAUAAUUGUUCUUAUUUUAUUUUAAUACGCGAACAUAACUUAUAUAAAGACACAGUUUUUAUGAAUUUCACAAAUAUUUUACAACCUUGACUUAAGUAAAUAAAAUUUUGUUAUAAAUGGUAAUCUGACAGAAAAGAUUAAUACUUGACUCACUGAAUGUUCCAAUGAAAAAAAUAGCUCUUUGAUAUUAUUUUUCUAUUUCUAAUUUUAUGAAAAUACUAAUCAAAAUAUAUGAUUGUGUAACCACGAAACAGUCACACUCAUAAAUAAAAAUAUUUAUAAGCAAAUAAA